ACUUAUUGCUCAAGUACUCAUAACAAGUAAAACACUAUAAAAGAACUUAAACAAUAUUUUGUAAAGUAAUGAAAAAGAUGAAUAGAUUAUCAUUACACCAAGUUUUGACAGUGCUCCUCGUUAACAUAUAUUUUAGUUAUUCCAUUAACGCACACUGUGUUCAUUCUGUGGAAAAUAGGACAGCUCUUCGUAGACAAAUAUUCCAUGACUUUUAUUUAGGUCGAUGGACCUACAAUGUUAUUAAAGAGUAUCGUGAAAACACAAAAGGAUACCAACAUAGAGAUUAUUUUAUGGUGGACAAAUAUACCAAAUUUCAAAGUCGAUUAUAUGGACAAGCUAAAUGUAGAAGGCACAGACGUGUUACACAAAAGAAUUUAGGGUCAGCAUCAACUUGUCCGUGGUACGUUGUUAUGGAUGUUGAUUUAAACAGGGAACCUAGAACAAUGGCAAAAGCAAAGUGUUCUUGUAAUAGAUGUCAUUCUGUUGGAGGUAGUGCACGUGGUAAAGGACGGUGUGCCACUGUUAACACAUAUGUACCAGUCAUAAAAUGGGAAUGUCCAAGCAAUGCUAAAUACUACAGAUAUUUCAAAGGCAUUGAAGAAGUGCCAGUUGGAUGUACUUGCAAAAGAGCUUUGGAAGUUUAGGGUGAAAAUUCAUAUGAAGGAUAGAUAUAGUAACAAUGCAAUGUACUUGAACAAAAAAUAACUAAGCAUUUAAGUGAUGACUAGUCAAUCAUAUAAAGUCAAUGUCUCUGUUAUGACUGAGGACCUCUGUUAGAUGUCUAGGCAAAUGGUAGCACAAUUACAUUAAUCAUAUCAUUUUUAUUUAUUUAUUUAUUUAUUUGUUCAUUUAUUUAUUUACAUUUACAUGAACAUCUGGUUCUAUGCUGUGUAUGACGUUGUUGAUGUGUUGUGAUAUUCAUUUCCUAUAUUUUGUUUUUGUUUGUCGUGUUUGUUUGUGUACUUGAUUGCAUGUGUGUUAAACAUAAGAUACUUGAUGUAUAUUUUGCUAUUUUUAUUGCUAAUCAGCAUUGAAAGUUUGUUACAUCUAUUUUAUACGAUGAAUUAUUGUCAUCGUUUGUAAUUGCACUGCCAAAUGAUACGGUUUUACAGAGGUAAACAAGGUCAUAAUUCAUCAUCAUUUUCUCCAAAAUUAACUUUUUAAUUACAUAAGAAUUAUACUAAUUAUGAAGCAUUUGUUUGUAUUAUCAAUAUUGACUAAAACAUUUACAAUGAUAAAUAUACGAAUUAUGUUUGAAUUACAUCUAUUUCGAGAGAACAGGUUUUGCUCUUUAUCGUAUAUCGUUCAAUUUCAACUUCCGCAUUUUUAAAAGGUCAUGACCUAUAGAUUGAUUACGUAGAUUAUAGAUUAGUGUUAAUAUAUCAAAGUUUAUAUCACAAGUUACCGCCCACAUUUUAUUUCGCACAGGUGUUUACAUUAAGUUCUUAUUAAAUUGAGGAAGUGGAUGCGUUUACGAUUGAGCUCUAUAUUUCUAAAAUGGAUUUGUCGAGCGUUAAAGUUGAAAAGUUACUAUAGAUUUAAAGGGAUUUCAAUAUCAAAAUACAAAAAGAAUGAGCUGUCAACAGUAUAGAGCCUGGCCUAGCUUUGUACUGGUGGCAAAGGCUCAACACUUUUGGUUCCAUUAGGUUAAGGCUUAAAAGUUUGCGCAGCCGAAGAAAAAGUCAUGUUAUAACAUAUUGAAAACAUUUAAAUCGUUUUUUGCUGUGAUACUACUUUACGUCUGU